CCCGUACCCGUACCUAUCUGCCUACCCUAACUCUACCGUAACUCUACUACGCCCACUACGUAGGUGCCUGGUUCGACAAUUAUCCAGUACCUGGCCUUUAUACCUUUAUACCUGACAGGGCUGACCACCCAAAACCCACUUCGUACAACCCUUUUGGACACAUUUGUACACGUUUGGGCAAAUACACUCUCGUUAUUUAUUCCGGCAGAUCCGGUACUUUCCUGCUGCAACUAUAAUUAACAAGGACUGGUAAAAAACAGCCAUGAGAUCGUCGCUCCAGUCUCGUGACUCCACUUUGCCCUCCUCCGUUGUUGCCAGCUCUUAAAAGUCGUGGCAUCCGGCACUUGCCAACUCAAGCGCGCCUUCCAGCUCUAUGACCGGCCAGGUCACGCCUCGACGACGUGCGACUUUACGAGACCUCCAAUCGUCGACAGUGGACGGGAUCGAACCCCGUCCAAAGGAAAUCAACGCCGCGCCUUCGCUCGAAAAGGCGCAAAUGUAUGGGAUAGACAAUGAGAGGCCUACGUCUUCCAAAAUCAUGGCAUUGAUUGGACGGAUAUUCAUCGAGACUAUACCGCAAUGGCUGGCUGUUGGGGUUAUGCUCGGGCUGAUCUUUGGCGGUUGCUGUUCAAAUGUUUUCGCGUUGGAAGCAAUUAUCAAACCGAAUCCAGAUAGUGGCACCCUACUCACCUUUGUCCAAUUUAUCUUCAUCGCAUCGAUCGGCUACACCUCGCAGUUCGAUAUCAAACGUCCCCCCCUUUUCCUCAAGCCAAACCGCGUCCCGAUCAAGCGCUGGCUUGUAAACAUUGCCCUAUUCUUCACAAUUAAUGUCCUGAACAAUCAUGCAUUCAGCUACAACAUAUCUGUGCCCAUACAUAUCAUAUUACGCUCCGGAGGGAGCAUAACCACAAUUGGUGUGGGAUAUCUGUUUGGAAAGCGCUUUUCCCGCAUACAGAUUGUGUCCGUACUACUACUCACUGUUGGUGUCAUCAUUGCCGCAUGGUCAGAUGUUCAAUCCAAGGAGAAGACAACAGACACAAAGCAAGGGCUGCCACCAUUCAGCGUCGGCCUCAUUAUUCUGUUCAUCGCACAAGUCCUAUCGGCCAUUAUGGGACUCUACACCGAAGAAACCUACCGAGAGUAUGGCCCUCAGUGGAAAGAAAACCUCUUUUACUCACACUUCAUCUCACUACCACUAUUCAUUCCGUUCUUCCCAUCGAUGAUGAGGCAGUUUCUACGAUUGGCCGCCUCCGAGCCAUUGACCAUGCCUUGGUCCGAUCCAGCUGCCCUCGGGGGGUUGCCGCAAGGCUUCAAAGCUGGCGUAUCCGGGAUUUACAUUCCAAGUCAGCUUGCAUACCUGGUCGUCAACGUGUUGACCCAGUACGCUUGCAUCCGUGGAGUCAAUCUUCUUGCUUCUGCAUCCUCUGCAUUGACAGUGACCAUCGUCCUCAAUGUGCGGAAGCUAGUCAGUUUGCUGCUCAGCAUUUGGUUGUUUGGCAAUAGACUGUCAUUCGGGACGCUCAUUGGAGCCACGAUUGUUUUCAGUGCGGGGGGAAUGUACUCAUUAGACAAAGGGCCAAGGGGAAGGCUUAGACCUGUCACUGCCAGUGUCAGCAUCAAUGGCAAGGCGGGAUAAAGGGAGGGCAUAACGCAAAUUUAGACUUGAUUUAGAAUUUGAACGAUUUCAGAAAUGAACAUUUACCCAACGUUUUGAACAUUUGAUGCAAGGCUGACCAAUUGGCGCUAAAAGUUGGGG